AGCUUAAUAACAUAAAAUAAUUUUGAAAAAACUAAACUGUUGUAACCGUGCUCGCGAGCGACGGCUAACUUCGCCCCGUCGCGGCUCUGGUGCUGCCCAGGUGUCGGGACGACCGUUUCUCUCUCUCUCUCUCUCUCUCUCUCUCUCUCUCUCUCUCUUUUUUUUAUUUUUUUUUAAAGAAUGUACAACUGAGCGCUAGGUACCUUGAGCGUACCAAUCUUCUCAUAAGCCGUGGAAGAUUUCUCUUACAAUAAGAAAAAUAAGCUGAAAAAACUGGUCAAGCGCUAGAUUCAAACUAGUUUACCACGGUCAAAUUAACGGGAAUUUACACAGAGCGACUUUUGUUCAUUUUUUAAUAAACGUCUUAAUUUGUUAGCGAAUGAUAAAAACGCUGAUUUUUAUUCGCUAACGUCUACAAUGUUAAGGUCACGACGUCUAUUAAUCGCUACCAUAAAAUUGAACAUCUUUAAUUUUAUCGCUGUUGUCAAACGAAUGGUACUAGCGUAAAAAAUCGCUCCGUCAUAGCUAAGCGACGUUCAAUGUUUGUUGUUAAUGUGAAUUUUUGACCGACAAAAUUUACUCUGUGUUGAACUAUUUACAUGUUGAUAAGCAAAUGAAGUCGCUAGCAUUCGUCAUGACGUCACAGAAUGAUAUAACUCGUGCCGCUAUUGUCGAACGAAAAAAACUUUAAUUUAAUACAAACUAGUCGUGAAUUCGUCAUUUUUUAUUUUGUAAUUCUAAUCUCACAAUUGUAAUUAAUUUCAAAUACGUCACGUCACAAUACAUAUAAAUAAAUUAAAAUUAAUUAUAUAUACAUACAUAUACAUAUAACAUAUACACCAGGGAGUCUGCAAAUUAUCGGCAUAGCGCUUGCAUAUAGGUAGAACAAACCAAACUGAGUAGAAAAGUCCUGUACCAUUUUGCAAUUGUCGCAAUAGUUUACGAAUUAUUAAUUAAAAAUAGCCAUGAAUAGCUAUUUUGCCCGGCCUACCGCCGAAUAUCGGCAAGCGCGCAACAACUUGUAAAUAACUUCCUACCGACCCUAUACGCGCGUAUCACAAGGCGGUUUUAUCUUGACUUGCGCUGUCACACACUUGCGGUAUUCGCUUUGACUAGAUAAAUAUGGACUGCCAGUGCCCUAAUUUUCCCAUUCAUUCUGUACUGAGACCUGCUAACAUCUCCGAGAUUUAGUCUGCGCCCCAUCGACCAAACAACGGGAAAUAUUAUUUAAACACAUCAUAAAAAGCAUUAACUAAAAUAAAAUAUAUUUUAUAUUCUAUUACCAGUGUUCUUAAUCAGAUUGUAUGUUUAAGACCGUAACCAAUGAAAUAAUUAUUGUAGUAUAUGAAAAUAAACUAAAAAAAAAAAGAUUUUAAAUACAGACUCUAGCUAUGAACAUCAGUUUAUAAGUAGUAUAUAACAUAAAUAUUAAUUAUAGGCUUUAAUAAAAAUAAACUAAUAAAAUAGAUGUAAUGUAAUGUCAGAAGAGAUUUUGAAGAGGAAUAUCGGACGGUGAUGGACGGGCAGGAGAGCUCUCGGGUUGCGUUUCGAUAUUUACUGUCAGUACUGAAAAUCUACGGUAUAUGUGACAUAAACUAUAGAUUUUCAGUACUGACAGUGAAUAUCGGAACGCAGCCUCCGUAAUUCGUGAUAUUAAAUUGUGAAAGCGGUGAUGGAGGAGGCGACAAUUGAAUGGUGGAGGUUAAAGAAAUGGACGUUCGGACAUAGAAGGGAGGCAAGGAGAGGAGGAUGGAGAGACAGGGGAAAUAUCAAAAGUUCGGAGUAAGUGGUCAGCGGAUGAAAAAGCAGUUUUUGGAGGUGGAGACAGCGCGCAUGAGCGAUCGAAGACGGAAGAGGAGCAGAGAGGAAGAGCGUGAGAUGGAGAAAGGCGCUAGAGGUGGAAAGAGUGAGCGGAGAAGUUAGCAGAUAGCGCGACAGGAGACAGAAGAGGACAGGACAAGCGAGAUUUCGAUUCAUUGAUUUAUAAGGCGAGAGGCAAUGAUUGGUGGUGAGCACGGUGCAUGAAGAAGAUUGAUGAAUCGGGAAACAGGAGGACGGAGAUUGGGCGACAGGGGCAGGUAGAUGGUAGUAAAAAGUAGGAACGGUGGUAGUGGAUUUUAGGAACGCUUACGUUUUCAAAACGCGUGAAAGUGAGAGAGUGAAAAAUAGUUUAUGAGGAAAGAAAUACGAAAAAUGGAGGAGAUAAUGAAGGAGAUAAGGGAGAUAAAAAGAAGAGUGGAGGAGUUGGUAAAGAUAUGGAGGAGAUGAGACGUGGAAGAAGAGAAAAGGAAGAAGGAGGUAAGGUUAUGUCGGAGGCAGGAGGCAGAUGGAAGGAGAAGGAGAGGAGGAGAAUGGAAAGAUGAGUCGGAUGGAGGAGCUGUGGAAAGAAAAAAGAGCAAAAGCGGAGGCGGAGGAAGAGAAGAAAAGAAGAAGAAAGGAAAAAGAAUGGAAAAGGACACAAGAAAAAGAUAGAGACUACAGAGAGGUGCAAGAUAGAGGGGAAGAGAGGGAGAGAGCCAGCGAGCCCAAUAAGCACGGAGGUUGGAAAGAGAGGGGACAAGCGAGGAGCGGAACGGAAGGCACGGAAGAGAAGAUGGAGAAGGUGAUGAAAGAGAGAAGAAAGAUGGAGGAGCAAGUGGAAAAUGAAGAGGGGAAAAAGAAUGAUGAAGGGCAAUACGAGGAGAAAGGAAGCAAGAAGAUGGAAGAAUGGUGGAGUUUGGUUGAAAAAGAAAAAGAGGGCAAGUGGCAGAAAGAGCGGAGAAAGAAAAACAGAAAGAAGAAGGAAGCAGAGGAGAGAACCAGGAGAAAGGUGGAGGAGAGAGCGGAGAAGAGGAAGGAAGCAGUAGACAGGGAGAAGAGACGAAAGGAGAAAAAGAAGAGGAGGGAGAGGAGGUUAAUCUGGAGAGAGGUUGAAGGGGAGGAUGAGACAAAGAGAAAGUGCUACGUGGAGCGAGUGAUAGAGAGAGUAGUAGGCAAGAAGGUUAGAUUAAGGGGAGUGGAGGAAAGGAGGAAGAAGGCAGGAAAGUAUGUAGUAAUAACAGAGCUGAAAGAAGUAGAGGACAAAAAAGAGAUCUUCUGGAAAAGGAGGGAGGUCGGGAGUAUAUGGGGAGUUUGAGUGGACGAAGAUCUUAGCCUAGAAGAAAAAAGGUUGAGGUGGAGAAUGGUAGAAGCAGCAAGAGUAAAAGAACAAGAAGAAGAAGAGUGGUUGUGACGAAUAGAAUAUUGUGGACGGGAGGAGAUAGAGGUGGGCAGGGGAGAAAGGAGGAUGGAGGGAAGAAGAGAGUGAAUGAGUGAAGAGUUUGGAAAAGGGGAAGAGAAAGAACAAGGGGGUAGGAGAUUCAGAAUAAGAUGAAGGACAAAAGGGGAAGGGGGGAAAAGGAAUUAGGAAAAAAGAAUAGAAGAGAAUGGAUAGAAGAGAAAGAAAAGAUAAAUUGAACUUGACACUAACUUGAAUUAUUAAUAAAAAAAUAAGAAGAAAUAAAAAAAUGAUCAUUUUUCUACUUGGGUAGGUCGAAACUCGGACUUUACAAAUUUGACUUUAUUUGCACGCCCGAAAAUCACCAGAAAUGUAAUUGCAACUAGAUUCUAAAUAAUACGAACAAAAAAGAAUUCAUAGUAAGUUUGAAAAUUUCAGUCCUUAAUUUACUUUGUCUAUUCUACGAGUAUUUUGUAAAAAUACUCUAAGUUCUAAUUUAUCAAAUAAUAAACGCGAUGAGACCCACAAGAAGUUGACUAUGUAAAUCGAGAACUAAAAAUUUGUCGUCCCAAAAUCGCGGUAUGUAAGUUAUAUUCUAAGAUCGGUAACGAUUGGGGUUGAAGGACUAGGAAAGUCGAGCAAUAAGUCAUUGAUUUUUACAAUUAAAUGAUCUAUGCACAUGAUUUUACAAGUUUUAUAUAGUGUUACGUCCAGCGGACUUAACGUUUUUCCCUAUCGCUGACCCUUCUAAGAAAAAUAGAUAAAUAAGAGAAAUUGUAUUCUGACGGUUGAUAAUAGUAAGAAUGUUUGCAUAGGAUCGCUCUUUUGUCACAAGUUUGUGAGAGAUAGCGGUAAUUUAAAAUUUUAUUCUUAAAGAACAAAUAAAUAAAUCAAAAGUACAGCCAUCAAACGAGGACUCUAAUUUUCAUCCAUAAAUAAUUUCUAAAAACGACUGUCAGAUAUGAUUCAAUUCUUUCUAAAGGCUAAAGGAAUGUUGAAUUUAAAAUAAGAAAUAUCGUAACAACUAUUUUUAUUACCGGACCGUGUUCAACAAUGCCUUAGAUCAGUACCUAAGUAAAGACAGAAAAAAAAGGGAAAAUAUCGAAACUUGAAAAGGAAAAUAUUUGAAAUAUAUUAGACAAAGAAUUUCCGGAACUAUAAAAUUUAUUACUCAAGCAAAAACGCGGUUUGGGUUGAAAUAACAACCGAAGGCGCAACUUUCUACAAAUAGUUUACAGACAAAUAUAACAAUAAAUUCCUUUUUUUGUGUGUCAUCUGUCUCUUAGAUAAGAAAAUGAAAAUUGUAAACCUCCCACCUCUAUACUCAAAAGUAAUUCGGACGGAGACCAGGAAAGAUGAGCCAGCGAUUGGUCAUCUAAGCAAGGAGUAACCUAAAUGAAUUUUCCAAUAGACAAGCUCCAAAUUUGGUGGCUUUGGAAGGGCCUACCAAUCCAAAAAUGAAACCGCCUACACCCCAACCCUUCCUUUCGGAAAACUUCCUAUAUAAUCGCGAUGCCAAAGACCGCGAGCAGCUCUUCUGCUUUUACCUUAUAUCGGGAAACCAGUGUGCGCUACAAGUCAGAAAAUUCAUCAAGUUAUAUUUACGGGUCGGAGUUCGUGCUGUAUUUUUGCAUCGAGUCUCGCUGAACAUCCAGUGCCAAACAUUAAGUGUUAACCAUUUAAUUCCGAACAUUACCAAACGGAAGGUGAAGUGAGUGCACUUGGGCUUACCACUCUCCAGUCCCACCAGCCUUGAGUCUGACUUAGCCAGCAGAAAACCGUCCGCUAAUUCCUGAAGCCAGGAAUUUCACCCUCAGCCAGAACCGUCUCAACAAGUAGUAAGUCUCAACUUUUAUUUUCGGGUAGUUUCCUUUCUUUGAACACAAUUAGAUUAUUAGAAUAUACAUAUAUAUUGCAGUGGAAAAUCAGUUUUUCCACAAGAAAAAUCGUUAGAACGUAAGACGGUCCCGGCGCAAGAGAGCCGAAAAAAUCAGGCGGGCUCGCGAAACACUCGACGCUGCCUACUCCGAGUAUCUCGAUUCCUUGAGAACUCCAUCAUCAUCUUAUCAUCUUGAAGAACCCCUGUGUGAUCCUCUAGAAUUCCUGUCAUCAUACCACAACCCUGAGGAACCCUCAUGCGAUCCUCAGGAUAUCCCAUCGUCACACCACAACCCUGAGGAACCCUCGAGUAAUCCUCAGGAUAUCCAGUCACCAUCCCAUAACCUUGAGGAACCCUUGUGUGAUCCUCAAAAUAUCCCGUCUCCUCCGCCCUCUCCUAUUUAUUCUCCGAUUAUUUCCCCAGAACCCAAAAAUAUUCCAUCUCCACCUUCUCCUGCACCAUCAAUAGAAAUAAUAAACGAAUUAGAACGAAUCUCACCCCGGCCGCGUUUUUAUCACUAUGACAGUACUCAGACGUUAAUAGAACUUCUAGAACAAUUUCUAUUAAAAAUAGACCCCUCACUACAACAUUACCGCGAUUUCGCAAUUAACCCGGACGCAAUAGAUCCGGAAAUCCUAUUAGAUAUCCUUUCUGCUCUCUCCCUCAGAUCCAAUCCCCGUCUUCACUCCCCAUUAUUAUGAUCCUUUUGCCGUUCCCACAGAUUUUUUCUAUACUUCUUUUUCUAUACUUUUUCUAUAACUUCUUCCCCCCAUCCACCGUUAUUCUAGAGGAGCUCACACAAUAAAAAGUAAUAAAUAAGAAAUAGAAUAUUUUUUAAAACAUGACAAAGACCAUCUUUCUUAUCUCACUCCGAAUCACAUUUAUGAAUUUUGUAUUUCAUAAUCAAAUUUUAACAAAAAAAUAAAAACCAACACAUGUAUAUAUUUAUAUUUAUCCAGUAUUAAUCGAACCGACCACAUGUCAAAGAUAUAUAAAUUGUAUAAACUAUAAUGACUUCGACUUCAGCUCUAUUUGUAAUUUUAAAACUAGAAUAAAUAUUGUUAAUUUUUAACUAAUGCCAUUGUUUAUUUAACAACCUCCCCUCAUUCCGAACAAGGAUAGCACCAGGUCCGAUCCCGAGUUAAAGCGAAUCAAUUCGUUGACUCGAAACUUGGACCGACGGACGUACGAUUUGAAACGGGUUAUAGCGGGCCCUAUUGGCACGUUGACCUACAUUUUCGAGUCACAAACAGUACGUUCGACCUGAGGCACCUACCCUCUCUCUUGCGUGCCUUCGGGAAUGGUAAGUCUCGUUACGUCCUUCCCUGCCUUAACCAUUCUUCCCGAAAUAUCCUUCUCUCUAAAUAAAAGAAUUAAAUCCUACAAGGUUGGACAUAACAAUUGUAUUUUAAAUGCUUAUUUGUAUUUUACAGAAGCGAUCACGCAGUAUGCGCUUUUAAAAAUCCCUCAUAUCAAUUGCCGGUUUUUCUCUAUAGAUCUUACUCGCAAGACGAAUCUAACGUGUGUACUAAGCAGUGAUCGUCAAUUUAUUUAACGCUGAUUUAACUAAUCUUGGAGAGGUUAGCGAUUGAUCUUUCUUAUUCAAUGUUACCGCACGCAACCGCUGACAGCAUUAGCAACGUCAACCCUCCACUCUUUUUGUGUUAAUUAGCAGUUGUUGUUAAUUAAUUGAUUAAUUUAUUUAUUGUAUUAUUAUUAUUAGGAAUGAUUUUUGAAAAGCGUGUCGUCACGUGGGUUGCAGUCAAAGGAGGCUCGUCUCUUUCGUGUUUUUACGCGAGAGAGAUGAGCCUCCUCUUUACCGUUUAUUGAAUUAUUAGUUAUUUAGUUAAUUAAACAAUUUUGGCUACAUCUGCGAGGACACAGGGUGAUUGUAGCCUGAAAACCGGAUUCGCAACUCGCAACGCAGCGGUUCCAAAGGCAGCGUGCCCGCGUUCGCUGUUGCUGAAAAUUCGGCAAGCAAACACGCACUCGCCACUAUUAUGGCAAAUUUACAACCAAACGUAACAGUUAUAAAAAUAUCUGAUUUAAAAAUGAAACACUCAUUUUUAAAAAUAUAUUUAGUAAAUAAGGAAAAAUUUAUGUUAAUUAUAAAAUGUCAUAAUGGCUCAAAAAUAGGGACCCGGGAACAAAUCGGAAUCAGUAACAAUUGGUUCUCGUUCUUUUUUUUCCGAUUUUGUGGUGCAAUAGCUUUAUGGGGACAAUUCAACUCAACCUUCGUUUCCUCUACACACGUAGUUAUUAUAAAAUAUUAUUAUUAAAUAUUAUUUACUAAGUAAUAUUAAACUGAAGAUACCGAACCAAAACAAAAAAAAUGGUAAUUUAAAAGGUUUUUGGUUUCCUUUAUUUGUAAAAAGAUUGAAACCAUUACACCGAAAUUGAAUCCGUACAGUUUUCAAAUAUUUUAGUAAACCGUAACUGAAACCAAACCAUAAUUUUAUAUUGGUCCAGAUCCCUACUCAAAAGAAUAUCGGCUUUUUAUUUUGAGACACAUUUUGAACAAUAAUGGCAAGAUCAGCUAUAGAAUUGUUCACUAGUAAAAUCGAGAUUUAAUAAAAAAUUACUAAAAACAAAAUUUUUUUACUAGGGUACGAAUAAAAGAGAUAUUUAUAUCGAAAAAAAUGAAACUGGACUAACAGUGAAAACAGCCGAAACAGCUUAAGUGAUGACCCUUUUCAAAUUCUAUAACUUUUAUUUAAAACAUGUUUUUUAAUGUUUUGUUUUUAACAUAUUUCGACGGCUAAGUUAACAUAUUGGCUGUAAAAAACUGCUCAGUCACGAAGGUUUCCGGCUCAAAGCCGAUAACUCGAAUGUUGAGUCACGUGUAUAUAUAUAUAUAUAUAUGUGUGUGUGUGUGUGUAUGUAUGUAUGUAUAUAUAUAUACACAAUGCUUUACUGUGCUUCAGUUUUUGUAAGAGCAAGCUGCGUUUUAUAUUGACCUCUUGCUGGUUUGUGAAUACGUAUUUUAUUUUUAACAAACAUUUAACUGUAAUAUAUUAAUAAUUGUGCAAAAAGAAGUAUUGUUUGUUAUUCACAAUUUUUAAAAAAUAAACUG